GAACAAGCUCCUGGGGAAAAAGUAUGGGAAGCAUCAGACUCAGAAAAGGAGGAAGGUGGAUCGGAUACCCAAUAUAUCGGACACAUUCCCCUGUAAGCCAAAGCAGCAAUGAAAUCCGCUGCCCUAUCGGCUGGUCUGCAGCCAACAGCAGCUAAUUCCUGGAAAAGAAGAGCUAAAUGAAAGGAUCUUCCAGAUUAAAUGAGCUACAGUUCAAUCCAUACAGAACUUUGGAAUCUUAAUAGCAGAGAUAACAUGUAAAGAAUUUGAUUCCAUGAUAAGAGAUGAGAGAUUAAGAGAAGCUGCCACUUGGUUGGAUUCCAAGGUUCACUGUUGGUAAUGGAGCAGCUUUAAAGAGUGCAGAGAAGAACAAUAUAUAUGGACCCAUCAUAAGCUUUCUUUCUUUCCCUCGGUAAAGAAUGCUGCUUUUCAUAUCCUGUGGUUCUAGUUUCUUCAUAUAUGCUUCUACUAUUAAAGAGGAAUAUUCAAAAUGCUCUGCUGAACUAAUAAUUGAGGCACAUUCCUUAGUCCCUAAUCUAAUUUCGACCCUAUAUACUUGGAUGAGAGGUGAGAGCACACAUCCAACAAUUUCAUAUUCAUCUCUGUUCUUUUUCCCUUUCAAUUAUAACCAAUUCCCAACGCCAAGAAUGGCUGAUGCAAUCAUCUCCGCGCUUCUGGAGCAACUGGCUUCAGUAGUUUUUGAACACACAAAACAAGCGGUGACACUCGUUUUGAAUGCUGAGGAAGAUGUUCAUAGUUUCAGCAGCCAUCUCAAUGCCAUCCAAGCUGUACUGGAGGAUGCAGAAAAGAAACAAGUGACAGAGGCCAGGGUGAGAGACUGGUUGGAGAAGCUCAAAGAUGUAUCGUAUGAGAUGGACGACGUCCUAGACGAGUGGAACACUGAAAUUCUCAAACAACAAGUGGAGGAAGGUGAAAGUGCUUCUGUUACCAAGAAGAAGUAUGACUUUCAUCUAUCCACAAUACGUGGCACUGAUGAGCAGCUUAUUCAACGGCCAAAAACUUCAUCUUUGGUCGAUAUAUCUACAAUCUUUGGCCGAGAAGAAGAAAAGGAAUGUUUGUUGAGCAAGUUAUUGAGAGAUAGUAACCAUGAUGGGGGGAGGUUCCUUGUCAUCCCUAUUGUAGGGAUGGGAGGGAUGGGGAAAACAACUCUUGCCCAAUUAGCCUAUAACGAUAAAAAGGUUACAAGCCAAUUUGAUAAGAAAGUCUGGGUUUGUGUCUCAGAUCCUUUUGAUGAGAUUAAGAUUUCUAAAGCGAUCAUUGAAAAUCUGGGUGGGGCCUAUAGCAGUUCAAAUGAGUUGGAAACUCUACUUCUAUGUAUAAGGUCACACGUUGAGAAUAAGAAGUUUCUCCUCGUCCUAGAUGAUGUGUGGACAGAGGACAAAACCAAGUGGGAAAAUUUGAAACUACCAGUAAUAAUGCAAAGUUGUGCUGAAGGCAGUACAAUACUGGUAACCACGCGAAAACAAGGGGUUGCUAAAAUGAUGAGGGCAACUAGUAGCAUGAUCCUUUUAGACAAGUUGAGGGAUAGGGAUUGUCUAGCAUUGUUCAAUAGCAUCGCAUUUUGGGAUAGGGAAGAAGAUGAGGCUAAUGGGUUUGGAGCUAUUGGUGAGGAAAUUGUGAAAAAGUGUAAAGGUUUGCCUCUUACGGUAAAGACUUUAGGCAGUCUAGUGUGGCAUAAGAAAACAAGAGAGGAAUGGCGGGAGGUUCUGAAUAGUAAGAUAUGGGAAUUAGAAGAAGUUGAGGAACAAGUUUUCAGACCACUAUUACUAAGUUAUUCUGAUUUGACCCCAGCAGUUAAGAGGUGUCUUUUGUAUUGUGCUAUAUUUCCUAAAGAUUAUGAGUUAGGAAAAAAUAAUUUGAUUGAGCUUUGGAUGUCACAAGAUUAUCUUAAUUCAAAGAAAAACAAACAAAAAAGAAGAAUAGGUCAAAAUUAUUUUGAAAGUCUAGCAAUGCGGUCUUUCUUUCAAGAUUUUAGAAAAGAUGAUAUGGGAAAUAUUAUAGGGUGUAAGAUGCAUGAUAUUGUGCAUGACUUUGUGCACUCUCUAGCUGAACAAGAAAUCAUUAUUAUAGAAGCAGUUGAGGGUGCUAAUCAAAGAAUGGAGCUAUCGGGUGAUAAAGUUCGUCAUUUGACCUUAACAACUUUACCCGAAGGUCCACUUUCAUUUCCUACUUCAUUUUACAAUUGCAAAAAUAUGCGUACCCUCACACUCCCUGAUUCAAGCAUUACAACCGUAAGCCUUGGUUCAAUUAUGCAAAUGAAAUGUCUUAGGACAUUGAAUUUGAGUCAUAAAAUCCUCAAUGAAGUUCCAAAAGAGAUCGGGGAAUUGAUUCAUUUGAGACACAUGGAUUUGUCUCACAGUGGCAAUUUGAAAGAAUUACCGGAUGCUGUGUGUGAUUUAUACAAUCUACAAACUCUGGUCCUUGGGGGGUGCUCAGAACUUGAGAAACUACCCAAAGCAAUGGGAAAGUUGAUUAACUUGAAGCAUCUAUAUGUUCGGAAUUGUUAUAAGCUGAGGUACUUACCAAAAGGGAUUGGGAGUUUGAAAAUUCUGGAAGCACUAGAUUGCUUUUAUGUGUGUGAGGGUAAUGACGAAGCAUUGAAAUUAGGAGAUCUCGGAACCAUGGACCAGCUUCAGGGGAGCCUUUGGAUAGAAAGAUUGGGGAAAGAUGAUGCGAGUGAGAUUGAGAAAGCUCAGUUCAGGAAUAAGGAGCACCUCUCUCAUUUGGGAGUAGGUUUCCAGGUCGGAGAUGGAGAUGGAGAUGGAGAUGGAGAUGCAGCAGCAGUGCAGAGAAAAGGUCAUGAAGAAAUACUGAAUGCAUUGCAACCACCUCAAAAUUUGGAAUUUUUAUCCAUUUGGAAUUGCCAUGGCACCACCGAGCCUCUCUAUUGGAUCAAGUCUUUGCACAACUUGAGAAAAGUUGAUCUCUUAAAUUGGGAGUUUUGUGAACUUUUGCCUCCUCUUGGAAAAUUGCCAUCGCUUGAAAUUUUGCGCAUAUGGGCGAUGGAGAAAGUGAAAAAGGUGGGAGUUGAAUUUCUGGGAAUAGAAAAAGAAGAAGAAGUCUCAGGAAUUCUAUUCCCCAAAUUGAAAGAGCUCUCUUUUAUUGGCAUGCCCAACUGGGAAGAAUGGGAAGGAAUAAUAAAGGAUUCUUCUGAAAUUACAAUAAUGCCAUGGCUUUCUAACUUGGAAAUUGUUCGGUGUCCAAAGCUAAAAGCACUGCCAAACUUCCUCUACAAGAUAACAACACUGCGGACUUUGAAGAUCACGUCUUGUGAAAUUCUGGAACGAGAUUACCAAAAAGGCGUGGGGAAGGAGUGGCACAACUUUUCUCACAUCCCAAACCUCACAAUUGAAUCUCCAUGAAGCUGAACAG